AUGACGUCCAUAGGUACAGGUUACGAUCUUCUCAACUCCAUCUUCUCACCAGAUGGCCGUAAUUUCCAAGUCGAGUAUGCCGUCAAGGCAGUAGAGAACGGCGGAACCUCUAUUGGUAUCCGGGCCAAGGACGGUGUCGUCCUUGCGGUGGAGAAGGUGAUAACGUCAAAGCUGUUGAAGCCCGGAGCGAACAAGCGGAUCGCAACUGUCGACUCACACAUCGGAGUGGCAUACUCCGGCAUGGUCCCCGAUGGCCGUCACUUCGUCGACCGGGCCCGUGACGAGGCUUCAUCCUGGCGCGACAACUUCAAGACCCCCUCACCAACAGCCGACCUCGUCUCCCGCAUGGGUGGCUACCUGCAAGCAUACACCAUGUACGGCUCUGUCCGUCCCUUUGGUAUCACCGCCAUCGUAGGAGGCUACGACACAUCGGAGGAGACACCCGUGGAUGGAGAAGUAGGCUCGGGCCCCUCAUGUGGUGCCGGUGGAAAAGUUCCCGGAAAGCACGGCGGUCCCUUCCUCUACAUGAUUGAGCCCAGCGGACAGUACUGGGGCUACUACGGUGCCGCCACCGGCAAGGGUCGGCAAGCUGCCAAGGCCGAGCUGGAGAAGCUCGACUUGGCCGCUGGCACGCUUUCGCUGGAGCAGGCAGUCAAGGAGGCAGCACGAAUCAUCCACCACGCACACAAGGACAACAAAGACAAGGAUUUCGAGCUGGAGAUGACAUGGAUUAGCGGGAUUGAUGGUCCUACCAAGGGACGACAUGUGGAGGUACCCAAGGAGUUGAGGGAGGAGGCCGAGAGAUUAGCAAAGGCUGAGGAUGAAUCUGACGAUAGCGAUGAUGAUGACGAGGAUGAGAAGAAGGAGGGUGACAAGAUGGAGGAAUAA